AUGACAGUGGCAAGUGAGGAUGCAGGAUUUUGGAUUAAAGAUAUGCUUGCGUGGCACUACACCAAACGCGCACAGGCAAAGGCAUUUACCCUAGAUCACUUUAUAGACAAAAAACCCAUACCACAGAAAGAAAAGGAGAGGCUAAAAAAUAAAAUCAAUGGAAGAAAGACCCCCCAACUAAAACCAGCCUUUGAGCCACUAAUGCUCGCACAAAAACCAUUAGAAGGAACAUUUAUAAACAAUUUUGACAAAUGGGCUGUGGGGCUUAUUGAUACAAGUAUUACUAUGGAUGGCCACUUUCCAUCGAAUGUACUGAAAGUAGAGAAAACAGAAAAAAAAGACAAACACGGACAUCCUACACAAAAACCAGUAGCAUUAUUAGAACAUCUUAUAAAGAUCUUUACUCAGGAGGGGCAAACAGUACUAGACCCAUUUAUAGGAAGUGGUAGCACUGCUGUAGCAUGUUACAAAAGUAAAAGAAAAGUAAUAGGAUACGAACUAGAAUCAAAAUACACGAGCAUUGCAAGAGAAAGAAUACAAAAGGAAGUAGCAAGGGCUGGGUUUGCUUAUUAA